CUCGCUACCGCUUCCAAGGUACCCCCGUCCGCCUCCGUCGCCGCACAUUGUUCCGAGCGACGCGACGCCAGACAGAGACCCUCCCACGCAGCGCCAUGACGCCCUUCCGCAUGACCGAGGACUUCAUGGAGCAGCUGAUCUUCGAGGACAGCGAGAAGCUGGGCCAAGGCUCCUUCGGCGACGUGUAUCUGGUGGAGUAUGAGGGCCAGAAGGCCGCCCUCAAGCUGAGCAAAUCGCGGCGCAACCAGAGCAUCCUGAAGGAGUUCUAGGUGCUGAAGCAGCUGCAGGGCGCCGGCGGGUCCCCGCGCGCGCUGGCCUAUUGCUGCGACCCGCCCGCGCUGCUCAUGACCUACUGCCGCGGCCGCGACCUGUCCGUGGCGGUGGACCAGGAGCCCAGCGACCGCGCCUCCCUCGGCAUCAUGCUCCGGACGUGCCAGGCCCUGCGGCAGGUGCACCAGGCCGGCUUCGUCCACUGCGACCUCAAGCCGGACAACGUCCUGCUGGAGUUGGACGCGGACGGCGAGCCGCAGGAGGUCCACGUCGUCGACCUGGGCCUGGCGUGCCGCGUCGGCCACUCGUACCCGCGCGCGGCCCCCGUCACCAGGAAGCCCUACUUCUGCGCCUGCUUCUUCGACGGCUCGCCCGUCCAGGCCCGCUGCGACGUGGUCGGCCUGGCCGCCACCCUCGCCUUCUUCAGGAACGCCAUGUCCCGCGAGCACGAGGAGCUGGACGCGCUCCUGCAGAGGGCCUCCGCCGCGCAGCACGAGAGGCGGCCGUCGCUGGAGGAGCUCAUCGCCCUCCUGCAGAGGCUCCUUCGGGAGGCCGGCGCUCAGCUCCCCUCCUGCUGUGAGGCGGCCGAGGCGCAGCAGCCCGCCGGGGCAGCCUCAGUCCAGGACGCUUCUGAAGCGGCUGAAGCUCGCGAAGUCCCCGAGGCGGUGGACCUCGGCGAAAUGUGCAGGAAUUUCCGGGCGAUGAACAUCUUCCGGAGGUGAAGCCGUUCCAGGUUUCGUGGAAGUGAAGGAUCGUCAGGGUUUCUGCUGUACUUG